AUGAAGAAUGCAUAUUUAGAGGUCAAUACGAUCAAGUUUAUUUUGAAUCGUACCUAUGUACUCGAGUACUACAACAGCAGUACGGCUUCAGAUUGCAGCGUUGCCGACGUUACUAUUUUGUAUCAAAAAGGAAACACCAUGGAAGAAAAUGGCGAAAUCUCUAUGAACAAUCUUCGAGAUGUAAUUUUGGCUGUACAGAGCAAUCUUUUGGGCGAAAUACAAGGAGUGAAGAACGAUAUCAAACAAUAUAACAGCAACUUAUCGGUGGUUAAGAAAGAUAUUGAAAAAUUAAAGCAAGAAAACGAAGAACUGAAGGAAAGACUAGGAAUCGUGGAGCGACAAAUGAAAAGAAAAAAUUUGAUAUUUCAAGGAAUAGAUGAAAAAUUUGCACCUCCCGAAAGGGCAGUUCUGGAUAUAGUAAACAAAAAUUUGGGCAUAUCACUUAUAUUGGCAGAUAUAAGUAACUGCUUUAGAUUGGGAAAACCCACAGAAAAUCCUCGGCCGAUUCUAUUGGAACUAUUGUCUGGAUUUAAGAGGAGAGACAUUCUUGUUGCAAAACCGAAGCUUAAAAACACCAAAAUAUAUAUAAACGAGGAUCUAACUAAAGAAGAGCUUUAUCAGCGCAAGGCCUUACUGGAGGUUCUUAAGGACGAAAAAUUAAACAACUGCAACAAAAGAUUGAAGAAUCAUAACCGAAUUGAAGUAGAGGGAACUAUUUACACUUUUGAGGAAAUUACCGAACGCAAAAAACUCCCAAUACAACUACUAUCUGAAUCUUCGCCAAUAGUGUCAGGGUCUGCCAGUGCUCCCUCAACUCCUUCCCCCAAAGAAGUUUUGUUUGAGUACGAAGAACCUCCUGUACAAGACAUAAUCCAAAGGAAUGAGACAGAAGAAAAGAAGGAGGAAAACAACAAAGAGCGAAAAGUAUUAAGGAGGAACAAAGAAAACCGCGCAAAAGAAAAACCCCAAAUAAAUCUGCAAGAAACUUCUAAGAAAACAAAAUCUAAUUCUAUCUCAAGUCCCGCUACUCCUAAUUCCGCUAACGGCAUCUCUGGGCAAAAAUUUAAAUAUUCAACACGCCAGGGUCAAAAAUCCGAACAAUAA